UCCUGGAAUUUACACGAUGAAUGGAAAAAGGCGCAGAGUUAUGCACACUCUAAUGUCUCCAACAAUAACUGUUGACUUUUUAUUUUCAGUCAGAGAAGCCUGGCAACCAAGAAGUGGUUUUUUGGUGGUUUACGAGAACUUAACUGAAUUGGAAAAUAUUUGCUUUAAUGAAACAAUUUACUCUUGUGCAACACUAAAUUGUGUCAAUCAAGCAAAUAAGGAAGAAAGUCUUAUUUAUAAAAUUGCCUGCUCCUGAUUUUACUUCAUUGCUUCUCAGCCUCCAAGAAGGGGAAAAAAUGAAGAUUUUGAUACUUGGUAUUUUUCUGUUUUUAUAUACUACCCCGGCCUGGGCGAAAGAAAAGCAUUAUUACAUUGGAAUUAUUGAAACGACUUGGGAUUAUGCCUCUGACCAUGGGGAAAAGAAACUUAUUUCUGUUGACACGGAACAUUCCAAUAUCUAUCUUCAAAAUGGCCCAGAUAGAAUUGGGAGACUAUAUAAGAAGGCCCUUUAUCUUCAGUACACAGAUGAAACCUUUAGGACGACUAUAGAAAAACCGGUCUGGCUUGGGUUUUUAGGCCCUAUUAUCAAAGCUGAAACUGGAGAUAAAGUUUAUGUACACUUAAAAAACUUUGCCUCUAGGCCCUACACCUUUCAUUCACAUGGAAUAACUUACUAUAAGGAACAUGAGGGGGCCAUCUACCCUGAUAACACCACAGAUUUUCAAAAAGCAGAUGACAAAGUAUAUCCAGGACAGCAGUAUACAUACUUGUUGCUUGCCACCGAAGAACAAAGUCCUGGUGAAGGAGAUAGCAAUUGUGUGACUAGGAUUUACCAUUCCCACAUUGAUGCUCCAAAAGAUAUUGCCUCAGGACUCAUCGGACCUUUAAUAAUCUGUAAAAAAGAUUCUCUAGACAAAGAAAAAGAAAAAAAUAUUGACCGAGAAUUUGUGGUGAUGUUUUCUGUGGUGGAUGAAAAUUUCAGCUGGUACCUAGAAGACAACAUUCAAGCCUACUGCUUAGAACCAGAGAAAGUUGACAAAGACAACGAAGACUUCCAGGAGAGUAACAGAAUGUAUUCUGUGAAUGGAUACACUUUUGGAAGUCUCCCAGGACUCUCCAUGUGUGCUGAAGACAGAGUAAAAUGGUACCUUUUUGGUAUGGGUAAUGAAGUUGAUGUGCACGCAGCUUUCUUUCACGGGCAAGCAUUGACCAACAAGAACUACCGUAUUGAUACAAUCAACCUCUUUCCUGCUACCCUGUUUGAUGCUUAUAUGGUGGCCCAGAACCCUGGAGAAUGGAUGCUCAGCUGUCAGAAUCUAAACCAUCUGAAAGCUGGUUUGCAAGCCUUUUUCCAGGUCCAGGAGUGUAACAAGUCUUCAUCAAAGGGUAAUACCCAUGGGAAGCAGGUUAGACACUACUACAUUGCCGCUGAGGAAAUCAUCUGGAACUAUGCUCCCUCUGGUAUAGACAUCUUCACCAAAGAAAACUUAACAGCACCUGGAAGUGACUCAGCAGUGUUUUUUGAACAAGGUACCACAAGAAUUGGAGGCUCUUAUAAAAAGCUGGUUUAUCGUGAGUACACAGAUGCCUCCUUCACAAAUCGAAAGGAGAGAGGCCCUGAAGAAGAGCAUCUUGGCAUCCUGGGUCCUGUCAUUUGGGCAGAGGUGGGAGACACCAUCAGAGUAACAUUCCGUAACAAAGGAGCAUACCCCCUCAGUAUUGAGCCGAUUGGGGUGAGAUUCAAUAAGAACAACGAGGGCACAUACUAUUCCCCACAUUACAACCCCCAGAGCGGAAGUGUGCCUCCUUCAGCCUCCCAUGUGGCACCCACAGAAACAUUCACCUAUGAAUGGACUGUCCCCGAAGAAGUAGGACCCACUUAUGCAGAUCCUGUGUGUCUAGCUAAGAUGUAUUAUUCUGCUGUAGAUCCCACUAAAGAUAUAUUCACUGGGCUUAUUGGGCCAAUGAAAAUAUGCAGGAAAGGAAGUUUACAUGCAAAUGGGAGACAGAAAGAUGUAGACAAGGAGUUCUAUUUGUUUCCUACAGUAUUUGAUGAGAAUGAGAGUUUACUCCUGGAAGAUAAUAUUAGAAUGUUUACAACUGCACCUGAUCAGGUGGAUAAGGAAGAUGAAGACUUUCAGGAAUCUAAUAAAAUGCACUCCAUGAAUGGAUUCAUGUAUGGGAAUCAGCCUGGUCUCAAUAUGUGCAAAGGAGAUUCGGUCGUGUGGUACUUAUUCAGCGCUGGAAAUGAGGCCGAUGUACAUGGAAUAUACUUUUCAGGAAACACAUAUCUGUGGAGAGGAGAACGGAGAGACACAGUAAACCUCUUCCCUCAAACAAGUCUUACACUCCUCAUGUGGCCUGACACGGAAGGGACUUUUAAUGUUGAAUGCCUUACAACUGAUCAUUACACAGGCGGCAUGAAGCAAAAAUAUACUGUGAACCAAUGCAGGCGGCAGUCUGAGGAUUCCACCUUCUACCUGGGAGAGAGGACGUACUAUAUCGCAGCAGUGGAGGUGGAAUGGGAUUACUCCCCACAAAGGCAGUGGGAGAAGGAGCUGCAUCAUUUACAAGAGCGGAAUGUUUCAAAUGCAUUUUUAGAUAAGGAAGAGUUUUACAUAGGCUCGAAGUACAAGAAAGUUGUGUAUCGGCAGUAUACUGAUAGCACGUUCCGUGUUCCAGUGGAGAGAAAAGCUGAAGAAGAACAUCUGGGAAUUCUAGGUCCACAACUUCAUGCAGAUGUUGGAGACAAAGUCAAAAUUAUCUUUAAAAACAUGGCCACAAGGCCCUACUCAAUACAUGCCCAUGGGGUACAAACAGAGAGUUCUACAGUUAUUCCAACAUUACCAGGUGAAACUCUCACUUACGUAUGGAAAAUCCCAGAAAGAUCUGGAGCUGGAACAGAGGAUUCUGCUUGUAUUCCAUGGGCUUACUAUUCAACUGUGGAUCAAGUUAAGGAUCUCUACAGUGGAUUAAUUGGCCCCCUGAUUGUUUGUCGAAGACAUUACUUGAAAGUAUUCAAUCCCAGAAAGAAACUGGAAUUUGCCCUUCUGUUUCUAGUUUUUGAUGAGAAUGAAUCUUGGUACUUAGAUGACAACAUCAAAACAUACUCUGAUCACCCUGAAAAAGUAAACAAAGAUGAUGAGGAAUUCAUAGAAAGCAAUAAAAUGCAUGCUAUUAAUGGAAGAAUGUUUGGAAACCUACAAGGCCUCACAAUGCACGUGGGAGAUGAAGUCAACUGGUAUCUGAUGGGAAUGGGCAAUGAAAUAGACUUACACACUGUACAUUUUCACGGCCAUAGUUUCCAAUACAAGCACAGGGGCAUUUAUAGUUCUGAUGUCUUUGACAUUUUCCCUGGAACAUACCAAACCCUAGAAAUGUUUCCAAGAGCACCUGGAAUCUGGUUACUCCACUGCCAUGUGACCGACCACAUUCAUGCUGGAAUGGAAACCACUUACACAGUUCUACAAAAUGAAGACACCAAGUCUGGCUGAAUGAAAUAAAUUGGUGAUAAGUGGAAAAAAGAGAAAAACCAAUGAUUCAUAACAAUGUAUGUGAAAGUGUAAAAUAGACUGUUACUUUGGAAUGACUAUAAACAUUAAAAGAAGACUGAAAACAUACAACUUUGUGCAUUUGUGGGGGAAAGCUAUUAAUUUUUUGCAAAUGGAAAGAUCAACAGACUAUAUAAUGAUACAUGACUGACACUUGUACAUUAGGUAAUAAAAUGGAUUCAUAUAGUCUAAUCAUAUCACCACUAUUAGGGUUGUAUAAAACUGCAUUUAAAAAAAGAUCUAUGACCAGAUAUUCUCCUGGGUGCUCCUCAAAGGAACACUAUUAAGGUUCAUUGAAAUGUUUUCAAUCAUUGCCUUCCCAUUGAUCCUUCUAACAUGCCAUUGACAUGAUACCUAAUAUUCAGAGGGAAUGGACAAGGUAUGAGGGAAAGAAAUAAAAAUAAAAUAAAUAAAAUAGAAUGACGCAAAUCUGAGUUUUGUGAACCCUUAAAGAGAAGGUCUAAAGGACGUUAACUGGAACGUCCAACUCUGAAAAGUAGAGUUGAGAGACAAUUCUAUAGAUCAAAUCCUGGUAAGGAUAAACAUUGCCAUUUUAGAAGAAAAGCUUCAAAAUACACCUGUAGCAGAUGUCACGUGAGUAGAAUUUCUGCCCAACCUUAAUUGCAUUCAGAGGAUAAUAUCAAUGAACUAAACUUGAACUAAAAAUUUUUUAAACAAGAAAUUAUAAAUAAAGACACAUGGUUGUGAAUACAAUGAUAUAUUUCUUUAUUUUCACAUACACUCUAGCUAAAACAGCAAGAGUACACAUCAACAAAAAAUGGAAACAAGGCUUUGGCUGAAAAAAAACAUGCAUUUGACAAAUAAUGUUAAUAGCUAGACAAGAACAAAGUUAGCUCUGUAAACUUCUUCAUUUGAUUCAGAGAAACAGAGCAUGAGUUUUCUUAAAGUAACAAGAAAAGGAACAAAAAAAAUGAGGUUUGAAAUUUUUUACCAUGGCAAAACAUUAACAUCUUUCUCAAAAACAUAGAGAAAUCUGGAAAAAUCAAGAAUAUAAAAUUCUGGACCAGUUAGUGACAUUCUUUCAAGCAUACUUGCAAAAUGUUUCCUUAAAGUGUUCUUGGGAUGAAAAUGAUUGUCAUGUCUCCAACAGCAGCGAACUGAUGUUGUUCC